AUGAAAGUGAAGUCAAAUUCGAACGGUCGAUUAAAGUAUGUAUCAUUCACGGAUCAGAUCGCCAAAGUGAGUGUAGAUAUUGCUCGAUGGCAUUCUUCUAUAACAGCUGUUACUUCGGCGGAAAAUGAAACUUAUUUUAACGAUACAGUUACCAAAUAUCGAGAUUUGGACUACGGCUCAUAUUUUAAAAACUUCUUGAAUGAUAUUCCAUAUUUUGAUGGUGAAUUACGGACAUAUGCACAACUUCUCCAUCGGAAAGAUAUCGUGGCAAAGGCUCUAAUUAAUCAUUUGAAUAUUUCUGAAAGUACCUCAUUGAUCACGUUACUAAAAUUGACAACCGCAUUCGUGCAAGAUAUUAGGGAAGACUUUCGGAGCUACAUAUGGGACUUUAUAGAAGCUACAAUAAGUAUAUUGGAAAGGUCGCACGAGGAUAAAGAAAUUCUCGAGACCGUUUUUUUCACAUUAGCGAAGAUUUUUUGGUUACAACGGCGACAUCUUGUUUGUGAGUUAUAUGAAGUUUUCAGACGUUUCAAACGGAUUUUUUGCUGUAAACGAUCCUAUUUACGCCGAUUUACUGCCGAAGCCCUUGCAUUUUUAUUACGGAAGUCGAGUGUAGUAGGAAAUCUUGUCGUAUUUUUGGCCGAAACAGCAUACAAUGAGAUCAACAACUCAUUACUUAUUGAUGGCAUAUCUCGACUAUAUUUCAAUGCUCUGAAGAUUACCAGAGGACAGUUCCAUAGCGCAUCGCCGCAGCUGUUAUCGGAAAUUUUGCAAGCAUCACUCGAAAUUGAGGAAAAUGGUGUCCGAAAUAUUGCAAUCCAGAUUUUGGUAGAUACGAUACGUCAGUGUAGCAGCUACACAUCAAAGGAAUGUAGUGAAUUGCUUAUGGAUGUUAUUUUGAGACAAUACAAGUCAGCUGUAGUAUCAUUCGACACAGUGAAAAGUUCGGCAUUGGCCAACUUUUUGAAUGCUUGGAUAAGUCAAAAAAUGGGCAGAUCACUGCAUAAGCCAUCGUCUCUAUUUCAAGUUAUAAUAGAUGGUAUGAAAAGUAGAACCGGAAAAGUGGAGAAAGAGACUGUCGAAUUGCUGACCAGUGCUAUCAUGAGGUAUCAUGGCGAAAGUGAAUUACAUGCGUUAAUUACUGCAGCAAUACGCCUACUUAUGAGUGACGAGCAGAGUUGUGAUUUCGAUGUGAUAUUAGAUUUUCUUUACAACAUUUCCGAUAUUCCAUUGUUUGAUAUUUGGAUAAUGCCUAUUGUUGGUGCAUUUAUGUCACGACUGGUUGUACAAGAGAACGCUCAGGUCAUUAACAGAAUUUUUAGAUUCUAUGCAGAUAUAUGUAAUAAACGAAGACCGAUUUGGAAACAUAAAGGGAGACGAAACUGUUUCUUCGACACGUCCAAUCAUUUGGAAGUGCGCAAUCGACUUAUUAAUAUCCUGAAAUCGUCAAAUAACUUCGAUACAGAAAUUGUGGGUUGCUGUUUGAUGGCAUAUCCUUGGUUGUGGACUCAGUCCGAAAAUCCGAAAGAAAUUGCUGCUGUAUUCAGGAUUCUCGUAGCAUCAAUGAGCAGCUUAGGCAACGUUGAUGCUCGUUUAUCACUUCUUGCUGCAAAUGCUUGCUUCCUAUUUGAUCCUAGUUUAUUCAGACAAUUUACUCUCGAUAGUCUGUUGAAGUUUUACAAAAAUAUGGGCAAUAACGAAGCAGCUCUUCGUACUUUGGCUUUGAUACUGCCAUUUGUUGAAGAUUUCGAGAAACUGAAAAAUAUUUCUGCUAUGAGCAAGGUUGCAAAUGAAAUUCUGCCAAUGUUUGGUCAUUGGAGCAGUCAUGUACGGCAAAUCGCUCUGGAAGUUUUGAUUCAUUUUAAUAUUCCAAUGAAUAAUACGAAAAACAACAGCGAAACAACUGUUGAAAUUGAAAGUGUUUUUGAUCUUCUUCUACGAGCUGAAAGAACACCAUGGACUUUGGGAGAAUAUAGGACGCGUUUAAUGAUUCUGCGCCAGUUAGCUUACGGCGCACAUGCAAAACAUAUGCCGCAAGGUUUUGAUAUAGUAAUUGAGACGAUUCCUUUGCGUGUUAUUAUUGGGAAUCUCUAUGAACCAUUUUCAAUUGCAUGGAAGGAAUUAAAAAGUAUUAUCCAAGAUUAUGCUUAUGGAUUAAAUAUUGAUGCAUUCUUCUCAUUGUUCUUGCCUUUUCUUGAUCAUAUGGAGUUAAAGAAUCAGUAUGUUAUAUCUGACGAUAAUGGUAGUUUAAACUGUAGUAUGCUUGACAAAAUGACAGCUAUCGGUGACAAAAGUCCGCAGAAUUACGGAGCUUUUCGAUUGGAGAUGUUCGGGAUUCUCAAUUGCAUAAGUGAUUUAUGCGAACGUCGAACUAAACUGCUCAGUCCUCUCUUCAUUCGUUUUUUCAGAAAUGAAUAUCAACAAGGAAACUUGUCAGAAAGACGAGAAAGCAUCAUAGUGGCUUCAUCCAAUCUUCCUUGUUCUACAGAUAAGGAUGAAUGGAAAGAUGAGUCGAACAACGAUCCAAAACUGUAUGACAGUGAAAAACUCGAAUAUGAACGCAAAAUGAUAGAAGAAGACAAAUGCAUUGGACGAAAAUUGAUUAGGGAUAGCUUGAUUACUCUUCUGGAUUUGUUUGCAAAUUUUACUUCACCAAGAACUAUUUACAUGGCGAAUGAAAUCCGAGAUUUAUACAAUGAGCUUUUGAUAAUUGCUGAUGAAACAGUGCAACAGCGGGCGUUGAAAUGCAUAUUCACCUAUAAUUACAAAUACGUCACGCCAUACAGAGAACAUCUAGAAUGUUUAGUGCAGGAACGAACGUUAAUCACUGCUUUGGUGAAGUUUUCGAUUGACUAUCAUAAUUCCGUGAUUGACAGUAGUCAUCGUGCUGAUGUUAUGCCGAUUAUAUUGAGGCUUCUGUACGGGAAAUGCAAUAUACAUUGUAAGAGAGAUAUAACGGAACGGCGAGCAGCUAUAUUUCGGUUUCUUGCUGGGACCACGUCGGAUGAAUUGGAUUUCUUUUUCAAGCUCCUUUUUGCACCUUUAUUAAAAGUUAUCGGUCAAGAGCAGUCACUAGAAAUAUUUUGCAAGCGAACAGUUUCAACUUUUGAUGCUUCUUCAAUGAUUUCGUUACAAAUUAUCAAAGGGUUUGUUUUUCCUUUCAUAAAAUAA